AUGUGGAGUGUAUGUAAAUUGUUAUGGAAAUUCCGGAGCUGUUGCCGAGACGGGAUCUGGGGGACAACCAAUAACUUUCUGUACACAUGUGACCCCAAAUCCAAAUCUCCUGUCUUCACUAAGGACAAAAUCAUCAGCUUGAUCGAUUCCUGGACUGCCAUAAAUUCUGCCUACCCCCUUGUUCUGCGUGGAGAGAGGAAAGUGAAACUAAUCCUCUCCUUUGACUUCAGCGAUGGGGAUCCUUUCGAGACCAUCAAGAAAACUGCCAAGUAUUGUGAGACAAAUAACAUCCCAUUUCCCAAGAUAGAUCCAGAAAAGCUGGACCCAUGUCACCCCUCUGAUUGCUACAUCUUCAAAGGAAAGGACGUUCCCAUCGUCAUGCACUUUCCACUCUUCAACAUCAAAAAUUGCCCAGGUGAAAUAGAGCACUUCAGAAAGAAGUUUUCCUUCUCUCAUUUAGUCUACACAAAGAAUGAUAUUGAUGAACUCCUCGAAAAAGCAAAGAUGAAUGUAUCCAACAACAAGGAGAGGAUUCGGGAGGCGAUCCAGCGGAUUGUGUCCUCCUCCACCAAGGAGUUUUAA